AUGGCCCACGUCUCCCAGAGCACAUUGUUUCGCCAGCGUCUUCAUGCUGCCAUCAAGCUGUUGGCCCAGCAAGCCGAGCGACAUGAGGUUGCAAGUUUGCCGGACACAAUCGUAGCAGGCAUCAAUGACAAUCGGAAGAAGUUGAGCAUCUGUGCAUCGGAUCUCACUGAUGCACAGCAGGACCAGCUGCUGGGCAUGCUGAACCAUCGAUGGAGUGAGCCUCUCACUGAUGGCAAGUUGCAGCACUGGUGUGCUCCGGGCUGCUGUUCCAGCUUGCCAGAGAUGCGCGCAAAGAUGGAGGAGGCAUUGAUGUCAUCUCUGGGAAAUGGCUUUGAGGUUCCACUUCUCUACAGGUGGAAACACUUUGAACCGGCGGUCGACUAUACUCUACGUAAUACAGCAAUGCAUGGCUUGCUUGCACACAUUUGGCCCCAAUGCAUGCACAGCAAGCAAGACGACAUAUUGCUUGAGCAGGUCGUUGAUGAUGAUGCGCCUGAUUUAGACCCAAGCAUCAAACAACAGGUACGGUUGACUCGUGUUUAUAGAUUGCUCUGUCAGCCAGAUACUUUGGCUAAGCUGGCACAGUGUGUUGUCCUGACACGCCCACUGGCUGCCUUUAUGGAUCGUGCAAGUCUGGUGGACACGGUGCGUCAUAGGUUCUACUUGCGUGUGCGAGGAUUGAACCCUCCCAGCAACUGCCCAUAUGGGGAGGAAGAGCUUCGUUCCAUGAAUCUGGAUUUGCUCACUGGCGAACGUGGCCUUGAAGUCGUGCAGCAGUAUUACCACUUGCUGCUUUCAGAACCAGAGUCAGCUGAUUGGUUUCCAGAGUUUGAUCUCCCCUACACAAAGUGCAUUCUUCUGAUCUUCACCACUAUGUGUGAUUCGUGGCGUCGCCUUGUCUUGCCCUACCAGUCUAUUACAUCAUCCUGCCUACGCAUUGCUUCCAUGGGUAGUCAGGAAGGCCUCGAAUUCUUGUGGCGUGAACAGCAGAAGGUGGGUGAAUGCAUCCUUUGCAAGGACCAGCACUUUGCGCAGGUAUUGGUCAAACAAUUGUUUGAGCCGGGAAUGACGGCUGAUGACAGGGAGGCUCGGUAUGCCAGCAUACAGAACAUGAUCCGGGACCUUUUGUUGCACAUCCCAGCAUCCUCUGUAGAAGUCGAGAAGCAGCAUGCCGGCGUGCAAAUCGAAAGUGACACUCGGCGUGCUGGGGCGAAAAGACCCACGAACUUGCAACGUGACAGCUACAUUCUUUCGACGAUGCAAGAUCACGCAGCGACCCAACAAGCAGUUGAAGCUGAGUGCUUCGGGGCUGGCAAGCGCAAGGUCAAUCUGCUCUUGCGGCGUGCACGCCUGUUGGACACAACCGCACCUGCAGCAGGUCGGUUCGAUGUGGACAAGUUCAGCAAGGACCAGCCAAGACACGGAAGGGCCGAGUAUCGGAGUCACCGCAUUGGGAAAGAUGGAGCCAACUCACCUCACAAAGAAAUUGCGGCACGAUGGAGAGCUCUCAGUCCCAGGGAUAAGGCGAGAUUCAAGGUCCGUGCCGAAGAGAUGCAGGCGCAGCGUGAGCAGCUGAUGAAAGAGCCGCUCAGCCGGAGGAAGCCCGAUUCACUAGAGUUGACAAAAGCACAGGUGCAACGCUUGGGAAACAAACGGCUGGACUCCACUUUGCAGCAAGUGUCGGACCAUGAUGUGUGGAAAAAAGGCUUAGGCCUUUGGGACCAUGUCUCUGCCUUACGCAAGGACCAUGUUCUACCCUUGGCUGAUGAUGCGACGGCCAGGUUUCAGAGUAUGUUUUCUUAUGACGGGGUUGUGACUCCGAAUGGUGCAAUUCCCUCCUACGAGCAUCCGUGUGUUUGCCACGGCGGUGGUGUGUGCCGCCGGCACGACCUGUACGAGCAUGUUGCCCGUAUCACAACCCAGUUUGACAGCAUCCUGGUGCAGCACAAGCUUGCCGUUUCUGAGCCCCUGUUGCUGUGCGUCGCGCCAGAAGCUGCAUUGAGUGACACCGAGGUCAACAUCUAUGCAUCUCAACAGCUGACGUUCGGACAUGAGGGUGGCAACUUUCUGGUGAACUUACCACGAGACGUCUCAUAUCGUGCUGCACUUGGCAGACAGCACCGUCUGGCCGCCAAGCACCAGCAGAGCGUCGCAGAAAGGGCAAACUUCCGUUCGGAUUGGAUGCGAUGGUGGCAGAGAUGCAUCCCCCCGCUGUGCGGGCAGUCCCUGUUGCACGGAAAGGCAAAGACAAGUCCAGCUCUGCAGGCAGCGCACCGGCGCCUGCAAAGCGCGCUGCUGCUGAUGAUGAUGAAAAUGCUGGGACAGCGGAUGUCGAGCUGUUUGAGAAUUUGUUCGUGGAGGACUCAUUUCCUACUUUGGAGGAUCUUGCCAAGCCUUUACUCCACUGGACUUUGUCUUGCAUGGGUGGCUUCCUGCAGCUGA